AUGUCAAUGAAAGAUUCGUCCACAUCCCUUCAAGAACAACAACCACCACCACCGAAUCGACUUCGUCCUUAUUACACACCUGGUCUACACCACCAACACAACUACACCUCUUUACCUUCCAAUGACACCAUUCCAGGUCAUACUCCACAGCUCUUUGACAAUGAAGAAUCGCACCUCAAGAACACCCCCAUUGCCAAGUUCACAAGCUUUGCCGCUUUCAAAUACUUUAUGACGAUGCUUACGAGCCCUUUCGAAGUUGGCACAACGUUGCUUCAAGUCCAAUAUGCACCCCAUGAAAGCGUCGAAGUUGUAGCUUUCCGAGAAAAUAAGGAGGAGGGAGUUGUCAUCAUGAGCAGCCACCAUGAUUUCUCAACCACGUCCUCUUCAGAUGAAGAAGGUGAUGACUUUUUUGGAUCUCGUCCUCACAACAACGCAUCAAUUCGAUCAUCACAAAAGAACCGACUCUCGAAUGAACCUAUUGCAACAAGUGUCUAUGAUGACCAACACAGACCCGCCCAUCAAAUGGCCCCCAUGGAUGGUGGAGUGCUUGAUAUACUCAGUCGCAUUGUACGGCAACCGACAGAAGGAUGGAAAUCUCUAUUCAAAGGUCAACGAGUGACAUGGAUACAUGAGAUGCUAUGGGGCCUUUUACAACCAGGACUUCAGAGCAUGUUGAAUGACUUGUUUGGUCUUUACGAUGACACCAUUCCAUUAAGCCAUCUCGAUCGAAUUGCGCCCAAUAUCAUUACACUUGUAGCAAGCCAUAUCGUUGUUGGUGUAUUACUGAGUCCAUUGGAAAUCAUUCGCACAAGAUUGGUUGUACAAUCAGCUUCUCCUCUUUGUUGCAAAUACAAAGGUGUCUUCCAUGCAUUUACCACCAUGUGCCGUGAAGAAGGUGGAAUCCGCAGCGUCUAUCUAUCCAACAACAACCUAGCACCAACCAUCCUUUAUCACACCAUCCGCCCAUUGUUAGCAAGCAGCGUACCUAUUGUGAUUGAUCGUAUGUUGGGUAUUACAGCAGCCGAUGCUCCAGUAUUGUAUGGUGCUGCAGAGCUCACAAUUCGCACAUUGGGAUUAUUGGUUACGCUACCUUUGGAAAUCAUCCGCAAGCGAUUACAAUGUCAAGUGAUGCGUUCAACAACACCCUUUCACACCACUGUGGCUCUUCGCCCUGUGCCUUACAAUGGCGUAUUGGAUGCAUUAUACAAGAUCAUGAAGGAGGAAGGAACUCGAACCAAAAAGAAUGAUUCAAAGCAUCGUAUCACCGCCUCAAUGGACUUGUCAAGUAGUAGCGAGAGCGAUGAUGAGGAAGAUGAUUUUAUGAUCCAAACACAACGACAACAACAGCAACAACAACAACAGAGCGCAAGUGCAUGGGGAAUACGAGGUCUUUACAAAGGAUUUGGUAUGCAAAUGGCUGCGAAUGGCAUGGUGUUUUUGUUUCAUGUCCUGAACGGUAUUGAUGAAGAGGAUUUGAAUGGGUUAUCUUAUUAG